AUGCUCGCGCAAACAUCGACGCUCUCGGGCUGUAGCAAGCGCAAGGUGUGCGUGCUGCUGGCGCUCCUCGGCGAUGCCAAGCUCGUGCUUCUGGACGAACCGACAUCCGGCAUCGACGUCGACUCGCAAAAGCACGUGUGGCCGCGAUCCAAGGCGCAUUGGCCGGCCGCGCCCCACCGCAUCGGUAUUAUGGCCAACGGCGAGCUCCACUGCGCUGGCACGAGCGGUGCCCUCAAGGACAAGUACGGCGUCAGCUACAAGCUCCACGUUGUCAAGGCGGCACGCGACGCCAGCGACAAGGUUCGUAUCGCCUUGGCGUCCGUGCCCGGUGCGAGCGUCCUCCGCGACCACAAGUCGAGUGGCGUCCUGGAGACGUACGACGUGGCCACGAUGACGCUCGAGGACGUCUUUGUCAAGAUUGCCUCGGGCGAUACGGCGAUGGCGCCACUUGGUUAG